AUGAAGAAAUGGAAACAUUUGCGACUCGUUACCGACGCAAAUCUGGCAAAUGGAACGCUGGAGCAAGGUGGGACCGUCGGAUCCGAGAGGCUGCAACCUUUCUAUUCUCGGCAUCCUGCGCACAGGUCUGCCAUCACAAACCUAGUGGAGUUCUGCAGAGCUUUUCCCGAUCUUCUCCGCAUUUCGAAGGAGGAGGGCUCUCGUCACUGGAAGUUGCAGGCGGCACCUGGCACGGGUAGAGGUACUGGGAACUUGGACAGCAUCACUGUGGCGGCCAAGCUAGCUGUCUUCAUCUCUACAGCAGAGAGACCACUUCUCGGCAGUGACCUGCCGGGCUUCUACCAUUUGAAUCCAGAGUACAGAGAAUUCAUAUCCAGCAGCGGCGGGUUGCGACUCUUCUGUGACGACCACCCUGGUCUGGUUUGUUACCAUUGGCAGUACAAUGAGAUCCGGCUUCCUCAGCAUUGCUGCUACUUCCUGCGCAACAAGUGCAGGUACAAGCGCAGUCAUGGCGAAUUCUUGCAUGAUGCUUCAGUGUCGAGUGGUGCUGUUUGCUGUUCAUAUGGUCCUGCCUGCAAAUCUGGCCACUGGCAAGAGGUAGAAAAGCUCGCGGCUGCAGAAGCAUCGUCUCAGGAUGCAGAGUCUAUUGAUUCGGAGACUGAGUGUGAGCAUGAAGCAGACGCGUUGGAGCUGUCCGCGAGCCAGAUUCGUUGGGCACACGACUCCAUUGAAGUUCGCUUCAGGAACGGCAGGUUACUGGUGGAUACGUUGAAGGAGCUUCUUUCUGGAGACCUGGAAGCGUGUGCCCUUCCAAAACUCUCAGUAUGGCAGGAGGGAAAUGUGUGGUUCGCUGUCACUGGCAACAGGCGGCUGUGGGUGCUCAGAGAACUCGCCAGAAUGACCAACAGAGAUGUACGAGUUGCUGUGCGCCGAUUAAGUUCAGGUGCUGCUAAUUCGGCGUGGUUCCGUCGUAUGUUCACAACAAGGACUCACGGAGAAUCUGUGUGCUUUGUGGCGUUGAAGCAUCAUUUUCCAAGCAUGGGAUUUGCCCUAGCAUCACUGGAGCCCUCCACGGCACCAAGCGCACAGGAUUUAGAAAUUGGCCACCUCCUGCAAGGCUCCCCGAAGGACAGUCGGCUGAAUGCGUUGGAGGCAUGGUUCAGCUCCUUUUCUGCAACAUCCCGCAUUCGAGCAAGGCCUGACUUGUUCUCAGUCUCGGGUUCUGGCCUGGUGGCUUUUGCAAGCCCAGUGCAGGGCACGUUUGUCAGCGCUCCGGCUGGCGCGAAGCUUCCGGAAGCCGGACAGGGCUCAGGCGAGCCGGCGUCGGAAAACUUUGGCCCCAAGUCGACGAGUCGAUCGCUGGUGUGGAAGGCCAAGGCGGCCCAUCCUCCGAAGGAGGAUGCCAUGGAGGAUGCGUUUCAGGAUCCCCUAAGGGAGCCCUCGCCGGGCUCUGGCACCCGCAGUCCGCAAGAUUGCCGGAGCCGUGAUGUCAACGAGGAGCAGCACAAGUGUGAACAAUCCCAAGGUUCCCAGGGCAAGCAGCCGGUUCUCCAUAAGGGCGAGCACGUUUCGGUGAAGAAGCACAGCGGCAUGGGCUGUGCCAUUGUGUCGUUCGAGGAUGCCGAGGUGAGGCAGCGCAUCCUGGUCAAGGGACCUCGGGAGGUCGGAGGUGUCAAGAUCGACGUCGCUGCCCACGUGGAUACCGCGACCUUGCGUGAGGCACCCAAUGACCUGUUUGUGGCAUGGGGCCGGCAGGCAGAGCGAUCAACCCCUCUCUCCGCACAGGAUCUGGCGAGGCAUUUUGACGCAAGGUGUGAGGAGGUAUGCAAGGAGCAGCAAGCAGGCAUGAGAGCGGCCGCGAAGGCAGCUGAGGAGCCUGUCGAGGAGGGCGAAUCCAGCCAUGGCUUGGUGGAUCGAGUGCAGCCGCCUUCAGCUCGUGCUGCUUCGCCUGGGCGGCAGCCGUGCUCUUGCAGCCUGGACAGCCUCAUCUCCAGGCUUCCAACUCGGAUCUUGCAAGAGCUGGCUCCUCCGGAUCUUGCGGCGCUUUUGCAUUCAACCUGUGCACAGAAGCUGGUACUGCAGGAGGGCCGUCGCAUCCAGGUCGUCCCAUCUACCGGCUCGGACUUGCGGAAACUUCCACAGGCUCAAGUCACGCAUCAAGACUUAGUAGAGAUUGCUGCAGAGCUUGGGCUAUCGGGGGGGACAGGAAUGUGCACAGCCAUGCAGCCUGUAAACGGUGGCAUACAUCGUGUCAGCAUCGGCUACAGCGUGCAGAUGCGCAUUGAGUCUUGCUUAGCCCAUAUGCAAACUUUAAAGUUCUUUCUUGGGACCACUGCCCUCCGUGACGCCGCCAGCUUUUUGUCGAAGACCUGCCAGGUUAUCGUCGUGGACUUCUUUGAGGAACUCCACCAGGGAGGCUUGGGUCUAGCCCAGCAUGUGGUCAGCGCGAGCGCGACAGAUCCGGUGCAAGUGAUUUCGCAGGUUAUCCAUCAGCACGGUCCGGACGUCUGCGUGGCAGAGUUCCGACAAGCUUCCGACGCAUUGGCUGCUGGGCGCAUUUGCCGAGGUGCGGGCCUGCAGUUGAUAUGCUCAGCGCCUUGGCCGCUGAAUGCCUUGGCUGAGUCGUUCUUCAUGAGCGGAUUUGGUGCUUAUGUGCCCCCUUGCAUCUCCUUCCCCUUUGUGGCCGCUGUCAUGCUACGCCCGGAGAUGGAUUUUUGGCAGGUCUAUCGCAAUGUGCAAGCCACAGUUUGCUCGAUGUCCUGGAACAAGACUUGCGCUACACACAUGGCCCCGCAGAAGGAGGUUCUUUUUCCCACCUACGUCCACCUGAAGCCAUUGCAGUCCCCAAUGGACCUGGAGAAGGCCGAACAAAAGGACUGA